ACUCCCUCAUAUACAUAUAUCAGAGGUUGAAAGUUCUGAGAUGCACGCCAAGGAAAUUAAGCUUAGCAAAUUCCACUAGUAGUGUGAUCAGUUUUCUUAGCACAAUGACUUUCAACGAUGAUGAGGAAGUUGUUAAGCCCCAAGAAAUCACAACAGGAGGGAGAAAGCGUCGACCUAUUGUUUCGGGAAAAACGCAGGUGACGGUGAUCAACAAGAAGGAGGCGCCACUUGAAGAAACCAACUUGGAUGUGUUGCUGAAGCUGACGGGAUCAGGAGACAACAAAGACAGACUAGGAGUGGAUCUUGUGACCGUCAUCGAUGUCAGCGGAAGUAUGCAAGAGGAGGACAAGAUAGAAAAGUUGAAAGUCGCAAUGCAAUUCCUGAUCAAGAAACUCAGCUCCAUUGAUCGUUUGACGGUCGUCAAAUUCUCCGACAGCGCGCAGAGGUUGUUCCCAUUGCGCCAGGUGACUGAAGAGGCUCAAGCCAAGAUUAUAGAUGAGGUCAAAGCCUUGAAAGCCGGCGGUAACACAAACAUCGCCGAUGGCCUUAGAACAGCAUUACAAGUGCUCGAUGACCGCCGUUUUAAGGAAGGGCGUGUGGGCGCAGUCAUGCUUAUGUCCGACGGUGCCGAAAACAGGGGUAAGGCGGCCGAAGUUGAUGUCAGCAAGGUGCCGGUUCACACAUUCGGUUUUGGCGCAAAUCACGAUCCAAGGGUGUUACAAGAAGUCGCAAAGAAGAGCAAUGGAGGAACGUUCGCGGACGUUCAAAACGACAAAAACUUGAGCCUUGCAUUUUCGCAGUGUUUGGCUGGGCUUCUCACCGUGGUUGUUCAGGACUUGAGGCUGACCGUCAAGCAAUUCGACGGAGAUUCGACAAUUUUAAAUGUGUUUGCCGGAAACUAUCCGCAAACCAAGAACAGCGACAACUCCAUAACUAUUUUCUUCGGCAAUCUCUACAACAAAGAGGUACGCAACAUCAUAGUGGAACUUAGUCUCCCUGGAGUUGAAGACGAGAUCGGCGUGGAUGUUCUGCGAGUGAGUUACACUUACGAGACCGGCGUCGUCGGAGAUCCGCUGUUCGAAGCGAAUCCGAUAAAAGCAACGGUGACCCGCACUGGGUCAGCGUCGGCGAAAGAGCUGGACGAGAUCAUUGCUGAGAGGAACCGUCUCACGACCGCAAAGGUAAUGAAAUCGGCAAGAGAGAAGGCCGAUGAACAGAAGCUGGAUGAGGCUAAGGUCAUGUUGACCGAUGCCCAAAACUCACUUGAGGAUGUCGAGACUGAUAAGCCCCAUCCCGUCCUCGAGAGUCUCAAAACAGAGCUACAAACAUUGUUGGACUACAUGGAAUCACCGGAAACCUACAAAAAGAAAGGGCGUCCAUUUGCCCUGUCUUCUGAGACUUCUCAUGAACGACAGCGUUACGCUGCGAGAGGUGAUGAUGUUGGGGAGAACAGAAUGUUUGCUACUCCGCGUAUGGACGCACUGUAUGAGCAAGCCAAGGAAUUUGACAAGGAUCCGGACAACUUCAAGUUGCCAACGGAAGAGGAGGAUUUGAAGGAAGAAAUCAUCGCCGAUCCGCUCGGUCCGAUCAUCGGACCACUUCGCUACCAGAUUCAGAUAGCCAUUGACGCUCUCAAAUCCAUUGACACCAUACUCAGUACGGCUGGCAGCGCCCUUUGAAUAAAUGCAUUAUGAAUUGCGUGCUUUAAUUUCUUUAAAUAUGUAUUUCAGUAUUUGUGCUUUUGCUUUUGCCCUACUACGUACUUGAAUAAAUUAAUUACGCGUUUGGUCUGUUGGGCGUUGGCUUUACAUGUAUGCAAGAGGUGAGUUGUAUGGUUUGAAUUUGGGAAAGACUACAAUAAUGUUUCCUUUUCA